CUGCAUUGCCACAAGAUGCGGUCCUCAUCAAUGAUAUCUCUUUUAAUAGGCGUUAUUUUGUUUAACAGUGUUUACGGGAGAACACAAUAUGACCUCAAUGAUCAAACAGCAUCCAAAGUAAUAAAUACAAAAAAUGGGGGAACAGUAGAAAUAUAUUUCCCUGGUGAAUCUUUUGAAUCGGAAAACUCUGAAAAAGAUAAUGAUGACCCAAAAACGACCUUUACUCGAACCCAGACAAUAACUAACAAAGAUGGUGGAACAAUUGAAGUCUUUCGUCCGGGAAAUCCAAAAAUUACGGGUUUUGGUGGUUCUAGGAAAAAACAACUUCCAGGAAUGGAAGGAGAGAAUCCAUAUGUAGAACCAUCGAAAAAGGAUGAGUGUGACAUCUGACAUCUGAGAAAAAAAAUCGACACCUUCAGGGUUUGUACGAGCAAGUUAAGAUAAUUUCAAAACAAUGUUGUUGAAAGAAAAAGGCAUAAUUUAAAGUUGUUUAUUGUAUCCAAUAUCUGUUAUCGGUGGUAGUACCGAGAAUAAUGUCAUAAAUAUUGCAAUAAACUUUAAAUGUGCUACGGUGCGUCCUAAUGUGUUUCAAAAUAA